UCUUCAGAGAAGGAAAGAAACCCUCGCCACAAACUCUCUGGUUGUGAACCUCCUGAGAUUUAGCGAUUCAGAAAACCACAAACACUCUCUUCUUUUAUAUCAAAUCGAUGGCGGCGAAGAGAAUCGGAGCCGGUAAAUCUGGCGGAGGAGAACCAAACAUCUUAGCUAAGAUUUCAAACUCCGAGAUCGUGUCUCAAGGAAGACGCGCAGUUGGAGAUGCCGUCGGAGUAUCGAAGAAACUGCUCUGGAGCACCGGAAAAGCCGCGUGGAUCGCUGGUACAACUUUUCUCAUCCUUGCCGUUCCACUGAUCAUUGAGAUGGAUCG